GCUUGCUCGCGGGUGCCUGGUGGACUGUACCACCCUAUGAAUCUCCCCCUGCCCGCACCCUUGCAGUGGGCCGCUCCCCCUUCUUCACCGCUCGCUUUGGUGGAAGCCCAAACAGAACAUCAUGGCGAUUGAUGGUGGCGAGCGUAACUGUGGAGUGCAUGAGCUGAUCUGCGUCAGAAAAGUCUCUCCAGAGGUGCUGGGGUUUCUGACAGCCAUCGGACUCUUCAUCAUCCUCAUGACCCUCCUGUUCUGGUACCUGAACAACAAGUUGGCACUAGAGAACCCAGGGAGCCUUCAGUGCCUUGAUGACUUCAGGAAAAAAGCCGAGUUGCAAGACAAGACCUACUCCGACGGCGACUUGCAGGGUUCGUCAUCGGACAGCGAGGAUGAACUGAUGGGUCAGUAUCAGGAAGCGGUCAGCCGCUCCCAAGGCCUCCGGGGAGGAGCCAAGGCAGCCGCUAAUACCAAACACGCAGGAGGGUUCUGCUGGGAGAGCCGGCAGAAGUACAGCCCUCUGACUGCUGAGUAUAACGGCUACAGCAGUGAAGCCUCGGCUGAUGACGCCAACUGCAUCCAGAGGAUGAGACGAACGCCUCCGCUGGAUGAGCUUCAGCCACCUCCUUACCAGGAUGAGAACGGUUCUCCAAGGAUGUCCUGUACGCUGUCUGAUCUGGGAGACGCCAAGUGUGAUCUGUCCUAUACCAGCGGCAGUCCCCACCUGUCCUUUGGAAAAUGCCCCAGUGAGUGCAGCGAUGGCCCUGAGACUGAGCGUUACCUCAACAAGGGCUACGAGGAGGAUGUACCGAGUGACAGUACAGCUGUGCUCAGCCCAGAGGACAUGUCAGCCCGUGGAUCCUCAGCUCAGCUCCCUAAAGGUUAUGAACCAGAUCCACUUGCAAAAUAUGGCACUCUGGACGUUGUGUUUGACUACGACUCAGAGGAUCAGCAACUGGCAGUCACCAUCACGGCAGUAUCAGAUCUUCCUGCCUUAAAACGCACAGGCAACAUCUCCUGGCAGGUCCACCUGGUGCUGCUGCCCACCAAGAAGCAGAGAGCCAAGACAGGAAUCCAGAGAGGUCCGUGCCCAAUCUUCACCGAGACCUUCCGCUUUAGCCAGGUGGAGUCAGAGAUGAUCAGCAAUUACGCCAUUCGAUUGCGCCUUUAUAGUAUGCGGCGGAUGAAGAAGGAGAAGGUGCUAGGGGAAAAGGUGUUCUACCUCACCAAGCUCAACCUUCAGGGCAAAAUGUCUGUGCCGGUCAUAUUAGACCCAUGCUGUGCUCUCCCGGGUGGUGAAUCCCAAGUCAGCCUUUCAGAUAUGACAUGCAGUGAAAGCGCCUCAUCAUUCCAGUCAGUCAGUCAGACUUCCACACCAGAGAUCCUCGUGGGCCUGGUGUACAACGCCACAACAGGACGUCUCUCAGUGGAGAUCAUCAAAGGCAUCCAUUUUAAAAACCUGUCUGCCAACAAGCCACCCAAUGGGCUGUUCUGUUGUCUAAAACACUUAAUAGGUGGACAGGUUUAUAUUAUCAGAGAUACAUAUGUUAAGCUGACCUUACUGAACUCCAUGGGCCACGAGAUGUCCAAGUGUAAGACGUCCAUCUGUCGAGGUCAGCCCAACCCAACCUACAAAGAAACGUUUGUCUUCCAGGUAGCACUUUUCCAGCUAUCAGACGUCACGCUUAUUCUGUCUGUCUACAACAAGCGCAGCAUGAAGCGUAAGGAGAUGAUUGGCUGGAUUUCGCUCGGCCUCAACAGCUCUGGAGAGGAGGAGCUCACCCACUGGACUCAGAUGAAAGAGUCUAAAGGACAGCAGGUUUGCCGCUGGCACAGUUUAUUGGAGUCCUAACAGCAAGAAAACAUAAAAUGAAGAGAGUGCGUGAGGAUAACUGCACAGAGCAGUUGUCAUCCCAGACAAGUGAGAAAGGGAGUUCAGCUGGGAUAGAGGAAUGUGACAGACGUCCAGGAGUCAGUGGGAAUGAAGGAAAAGACAGAACAACAUGCGUCUGCACUCAGUUGUUUCAGCUUGGCACAGCAUAUUAUUCAUUUUUAUGGCAUUUGUAAAAUCACCAUUGAUUAGUCGUAUGGCUAGUAAUGGGAUGUCAUUUAUUUUCAAGGAUUACCUUGUAAUGACCUUCACAUCUCUGUAGAUGGCAUUCUGUUUUUGUCAGUUGAACUGGUUGAGCUGGGACCUCUUCUAAGUUCUGGGCUAUGUUGUUGAGUAAAUUAUUGUCUGAUAAUUUUGCAUUUCCACACCUACAGCUCAAACAACUGACAUCAGGAUUAUUCUAAAUCUUAACCAAAAGGUUUAAAACAUGAAACAUGGCCCCUCUCUUUGUUUUUCUGCCUGUAUACAACAAGUCACGUAUUGUCACGUAUUUAAGGGUUGACCAAAAAUAGUUCACAAUUUCGAAGCCAGAACAUGGAUGUGCUCGGCCACUUUUCAAAUCAGUAGUAGGUAGUUAUAUUCAAAUUAUAGGGACAAUCUUACUACAGUGCGGUGAACACAAAAUCUUCUACUAAAGUUAGAACAGUUUUGUUUAUUUUAGACGAGAUAUUUUUAUAUUUGUGUUUGUCAUGCUUGUUUUUCCUCACUAGUUUUAAGUGGGCGUGGCUUAGUUGGAAAAAAGUGAUGCUGUCAUGUAUGACCAUGCACCAGUCAGACUUAAGCAGGCAACAUUUGAAUCUAACCGUGCGUUCAUGGGCAUUGUAAAAAUGUUUUCCCCAGUGAAAUUGUCAUCAUUCACGUCAUUUCAUGUUGGAAUCAGAAGUGGGAAACUGGGGCUAGAUUUUGCCAACAGAGUUUCUCAGUUGGUGACGCGUUGUUGAGAACUGACGUACAGAAACACGGCCGACCAUCGUUCAAAUGUGUUAAAUGGUUAGAAACCUUUCCUAAAUAUAGAAAAUUCAUACAUGCGUGUAAUAUAUUUUGCCAAUGUCCCCAAUGUGCUAUCCAAUUAAGGUUGUAGUCAUCCAUUGUUUUCAACAGAGUGCUAUUGCCAGUCACAAGUAAACCAAUCCAAGUCAAGUAGGCCAAUGUUUUGAGCUCUUGUAAAAACUGUAGUGAGGAACGUAAUGUGUAAAUGAAGAGCUUUGGGGUGUCCUUUGUUAUUGUGUCCUCCAUGUUUUCACACACUUGAUGCUCUAGGCUACGCCCAACAGUUGGUGGCAAUAAUGCAACAAGCUGUUAUACCAAAUGCCAAAAAACAGAAAAGAAGAACACGCAUCCCGACCAUGUGAACGCUAUGGGAAAAACAACGUCAUGGGGGCGGUCCCUGAUAUGCCCAGGUGGCAUGAACAGACCCAUAAAUCAUUAGUGGGAGUGUGUGCCAUGGUGUUUGCUAAUGUUACCAGGAACCACACCCACAGUUUUUGAGUGGCUCAAUAUUAUAUUAACUAAAAAAUUAUUUAUAUUUCCAAACAUUAACUUGCUAUAUUGAAUACUCAAUGUUACAGAGAAGUGCUUUAAAGAAGCAGUUUUCAGGGGUUUUAAGCCAUUUUUAUGGUACAUGAAACCACAUUUUGCCUUUUUAACCACGGCUAGCUAACUAAUUAUAUAAACUUUCUUGUUAUAUGAGUAAACAGGGCAGCACCAGUGCCAUGAUCUGCCUGGGAGAAAACUCCACCCCCAGUCUACUUUUCUACUUAGUUCUUGAGUUUGAAUUUCUCCAGAUGUCUGUUGUUUAAGCCAGAGGCAGAGACUUUAGAGAAACAAGUUUCAUGAAUUUAAUAUGGAUACAGUUUAGGUUAAAUCACUAUGUUGUUGAUGAAUGUUGCUGAUUAUUACUUUGCCAAAGCUUAAUUUGCCACAUCCCAAUGUGUCUACUUUAAAUGUAUUGCAAUUACUUGUUGCAUUCAUAUAUGCAGGACUCUGGGAACGGAGGCAUGUUCAAAGAUAUCUUCAAGGCCAAGGAAGUGGAGGCCAUUUUGGAUCAGUUUCCAGAGAACUUAUAAAGAAUUAGUUUGGAGACUUGAGUUGAAUUACACUUUUUAUGAAUCUCAGUCGACACUGCCGAGGCUAAACCCCUCACCAUUGUUUAAGCCUAAACUUAGGUAUACAAAACAUCAACUAAAUAAUUUUAGACAGGCAAAUGUCAGGCAAGUAAAAUUCUUGACAUAUAACCUGACAAUGGAAGUGUCAUGAUUGCUGCUGAGAUAAAGUUCAGUAGUGAUCUCUGAGAAGAAUUAAGCAUUUCACAUUGUUAGAUAUUUUUUCGAAAACACCAGUUUGUGGAAGCAAUGAAAGACUGAGAUAUAGAAAUGUGUAGUAGUUACUGUGGUGGUUGUGUGAUCUUGAGUUUCCAUGCACUAUAAAAAAGUCACACAGAAUGUCAAAGGCAUAAUCAAAGCCAUUUUAAGACACUUUUUUAUGGGUACCAAAUAAUUUGGUCACAUAACACAGCAGUGAAGAUAACAAGUGAAAAGAAAAUAUACCUGUUAAUCUCUUUUACCUGCUCUGGUGCUAAUAAGUGCUGUUGCUGCACGCACGGAAUCCCUUGCCUUAUGGUUUAGUCAGUUCAUAAAUUACUGUAAGUGGACCCAGUACAAGAACAGACGCAGAUACACCCUCAGAGCACACAGACCAUAAUUACAGGAAGCACACACACAGCACCAUUCAACCUCACUAAAGGGAAUUCAAACUGUUUUCAUAGGAGCCUCAGUGUGCGUUGACAAACUUGCAGAAUGUCUAAAUGUAAAUGGGUUGUACUAGAUGUUUAGCUCUGGAUACCUUUUCACUUCAUUUCACUUACAGACAACAGAAAAUACAUAUACUCUUUACUGUGCCUGUGGUUGUGGUGAAAGCUGGUUUUGUGCAGUGUUUACCAAGUGGAUGUGUUGUAUGUGUGUGUGUGUGGUUGUGUGUGUUGACUGGAAAGGUACAGUUGGGGGUUGUGAUAGUUGUUGUAUUUUCUCGUUGGUUGUAACAAUUUCUGAAUAUAUUUACACGUAUUUAGAACGCAGUAACACACUUCUUGAAUGUCUGGCAUAUACUUUAUAUACAGUAAAUUAAAAUGUUAUCUAUUUUGGUGUCAAUGGGGAGGAAAUUGUGUUCAGACAGUAAAAUAGUGACUCACAUAUUAACCCACCCUGUGGGCAAUGCUAUUGUGGAUUGCUAUUGUUUAUUCUGUUCCUUUAUUUUAUGUUUUAGAGGCGUUAUGUCUUAGUAGCUCUGGUGCUCUUUACAUCCCCUGCUCUAAAACCACAAAGGGUUAUGAUGGAAACCAGCAGAGCUCAUCUUAAAAUCAAUAUGUCAAGACUUUUGAUGCUUUUUAACAGUGUGAAACAGAAGCACAGCCUUUACAGCACAACAGUCAAACACACCAUGUAAAAGAUUGGCAGUUGCUCACUUGCAGAUGUAGAGAUACAUCAUAUCAUUGGAAUCCAAAUUUCAAUUCAAUAUUAUUUAUAGUAUCAAUUCACAACUAGAGUUAUCUUAAGACACUUUACAGAUAGAAUAGAUCUAGAACUAAAGUACAAUUUUAGUACUUUUGCCAAAAGUAAAAAAUACAUAAAAUAAAUUUCACUCAUGCAAUAUUUGUUUUAUGAUCGGGCUGGAUCAUUUGAUUUGACUUUAGUAAAUUAAUUCUUAUGUCUUGCAUUUAACUGCCAGCAGAAUAAGGGGAGGGAUCUUGUUAAAUCCACAGAAGGUGUACAGGAAUAUAAAUAGUAUGAUCUUUCACACUGUUAGUGGGUGUCAGAUGCUCCAUAGUCAAGCCUGUUAUCAGUUAAGAAGUAGAUUUCUGUGCAUCCCUAAAUGAUGCACAAUAGUGACAAAAUGUUCCUCAACAACUCUUCACAGAAAAAUUGUAAAAUGUAAUAAUUGGGGAAGAUCGGGUCUUGCUACCUUGCCAUGGAAGCAAAAACAGGUCAAAAGGAUUUUAAUCUUGCAAUCAACAGAAUAUCUAGAUGUGAGAUUUACAUGAUGUAAAUGAUAAAUGAUAAAUCCCCCUUUUAAAAAAUGGUUAGAAUGCACACUUGAUUUUAAAUGUGUUUAAGGGUAUGCAAAUUCAGAUGGAAAAUUGUGCCCAAAAUUAAAGUAAAACUACAUUCGUGUCAUUUUCAGAUCAAAAAUUUCAAGUGGAGUUAAAAACACAUAAACAACACCUUAGGGUGCUAAAACUGGAUAAGGGAAAUUCAGAAACAAAAACUGAUAACCUCUCUCUUUGAAUUUGUGAAAGUUUUGAAAUUCAAACCACUUACAUUGAAAUACAUGGUUUUAGUUUAAGUGGUAUUAAUAAAGUAGUAUUUAAAAUUCUAAGUUUAGUGUUCAGUAGUACUUUUCACAAUUUUCACAAGAAGGUAUUCAGCUGCAUUUAAAAUUCAUUUAUGGCCAUCCUUUGCUCCAGUAGAAACCAACACAAAGACUAGACGGAACAAUUUUCUGCUAAUCUUUUACAAGAUGUGUUCCACUAAUAAGGUUUUUAAAUCAAUAUGGCUAUGCUUUGCAGUCAAGUUUCUUUUGCUUUGAAUUGCUUGACACAUUUCCAACAAAUCCCCCGUUUAAAUGCUGGUUUUAAGUUGUGUUUUUUUUCUUUCAUUUAGUUUGGAAACUACCUAUGCCACAGAUGGCAUUGGUGCCUUACUGUUUUUCACUCAGCAACCUUGUGUCACAGUGUCUUAAUGUACGUAUACAUGUACUUUUCUUCUGUACUUCAGGCUGAGUUUGGAUUGUAAAAUGUCUUACAAAUUGAUUUAUGAUAGACAGAAUUUAUAUGUGAUAUUGUUUAAAAAAUGAAAAGACA